AUGAACUCGGUGUUUGGCGCAUACGAAGGCGACAACGGCUGGGGCUUUGGCGUCCUCCCCGAUGAGCGGAGCCUUGUGCGGGCACUCCGCAGUUUCAAGACCACCCAACGCCUCCGUGCCGGCUACGCGUAUGCCAACUUGAACUUUGAGAUCCUCGGCCAAGUGCUCGAGUACCAGACUAACAUGACAUGGUCGCAGUACCUCGACACGACGUUCUUCACGCCGCUCGGCAUG